UUACUGCAGGAAACCCAUGUUGCGUCGGAUGAGGAUGCUAAAAAGCAGCGACAGCAUUGGAAUCGAAUGUGGGGACUGCGACGACCAGCAGAUAAGCUGUCCUACUGGAGUCAACACGCGAAUAAGACAGGAGGGGUUGGAAUCUUGUUGGAUCCGGCAGUAGCAAAGCAGUCUGAGCCAUGGCAACGACACAAAUGGACAAAGCGAGCGAUGGCAUUAGAAGUACAAGGCUGUAUCGUAGUCAAUAUCUAUGCCCCAAACAAGUAUCAAGAGCGAGAGCGCUUCUUCAAAAAUCUACGGGAGUGGCCAUGGCCGCAAAACAAACCUGUGAUCAUGGGUGGGGAUUUCAAUUGUGUAUUGGAUCCUCAGCUAGAUAGAAAAGGGUACACAGGAGCUACUAAACCUGAAAGCAGAGAGCUGGAACAGUUGCUCGACGAGAGGUUGUGGCAGGAUGCACGUGUGCUGGUAGGGGGAGCAGAGGAAGAUGCAGAGGUGGCUCCACAUCACCACUACACGUACUGGACUACGACGGCAGCGAGUCGAAUUGACCGAAUGAUUUGGGUGCCGACCAGGAAAGGAGCACCAAGUGAAGUCGUACAUCAAUGCGUGAAAACGAUAAAACGAUUAUCCAAAAGACUGAAACAGCGACGAUACUGGAGAGCAAAGGCCAGGAAACGUAGAGAGCGAGCAGGCAUUGCAACGCGGCGAGGUCUGAUCGCAGCAAACGUUGAGGAGGCGAAAGUAAGCAAGGAACUCAACACAGGGCACGCACUACAACGGUCGCAUGCCAGUGUACGA